AUGUUAGACCGUGAAUUCUUCUCUGACGGUGACGAAGAUUUGAUAACACGAAAUAACAGCUCCAACAACAACGAUGGCUCCAGCAAAUUAGACUUGAAUCGUGUAGGUGAUGGCGAGACCAAUCUGUUUUAUCUACACGAGUCUAAGCCCUUCCGUAUCCCCUUUAAUCCGAAUUUCUUGAAGAGUAAUAACAAUUUUGCAGAAUUGACAGACGAUUGGGAUUCUUCUAGAAGUACACCAAUUUACCAAUCUCAUUCCGCAUCCCAGGACAAUCGUCAUCAUCUAAAGAAGGUUAGGUUCGAGGAGAAUGAAACUCCCGGUGUUGAGAGCUCCACUCAAGUGGAGAAUGACGACGACGACGACGACGACGAACACGAAUUAAUGAUUAAUGAUUUGGAAUUAAAUGGUAUCAUCGCACCAAAUCCAUUGAAGUUGCAUAACUUGAACAACCAUUCCAUAUCAAACGCCUCAGGGUCCUCCUCCGUCUCCGAGGGGAGAAGGAAUGUGGAGGAUCUUAUACGAUCAGCCAGUGAAGUGAACCAUUACAUCGAGAAAAAUAUGAAUAAUAUCAACACUUUUAGAUCGGCACUCUUAAACAAUGAAUCACUAUAUAAGAGUACCGAUGACUACGACACACCCUUUAAUCUUUCCAGGCCCAUGUCCACGGACACAAGUGAUUCAUGUGAUGCAAAAUUAAUAACGAAUGACAUGUCUCAUAUUGCCAUACAGGAUCAUAAUGAUGAUGACCAUUCUUCAUUUGAAUUUGAAACGUUACCGGCAAAGAAACAGAUCCCAUUUGUAGAUGACGAUUAUUAUAAGAAUCGUAAUACCCCCAUUGAAGAAUAUACCUCACUCUUAACCCCAAAGGAAAUUGACGAAGCUUCAGAAAAAUUCCAAGAAUUGAAUACGGAUGAAGCCAUUACAAACAUGAGGGAAUCCAUUGAAGAAAUAUUGCAAAUGUCAAAUCGUGAACUUUCCAUCGACGAACCACUAGAUGAAAUGAUAGCAUUUUCCAAUUUCAAAAUGAAAAGUCCACCUUCAUUAUCCUAUGCAGAUUUUAUCCAGCGAAUUCAAAAUAAAUGUGAGUAUGACCCUCACGUUUAUUUAAUUGCCACUUAUUUACUACAAACUUUGUUACUCAUUAGAGAGGAACACUCAAGAAAGUUGAAACUAAGAUUCAAAUUUGAAAAAUCUGACGUCCACAGAUUGAUUAUCGCUACUGUAAGGAUAGCCACCAAAUUAUUGGAAGAUCACGUUCAUUCUCACGAAUACUUCUGUAAAGUUUCCGGUAUCUCGAAGAAAUUGCUCAGUAAAUUGGAAGUCUCGCUAUUACUAUGUUUAAAGAACGAAUGUCUACUGAUGACCAAGGGUAAGAUGGCAGCGUCCAUAGACAUCCUCCGAGAACUAAAGGCCUUGCAUUAA